AUGCCUACCUCUUUGAAGACCUCAGAACGCGCAUCCUUGCUUGCGUACAUGGGUCUGCCGCUACCAUUGUUUGGCAAGGGCUCGCUAUUCGGGCCUUAUACGCCACUUCAGCAACUCGAUAUGCUGGCUGAUCAAGACACGAAAUCCUAUAUCGUUGGCUCGACCAACUCGCUCCUGCUUCAACAGAAAGACCGCUAUAGCGACAUUCUGGUUAACCUUGAUGAUCAUACUGUAAACAUCACCUCUUCUUCUCUCCGACAAGCAGCCGUUCUUUCCACACCAGACCGCAGAUGGAUAGAUUUCCUUACCCAAACAGUGCAAGACACUUGGGACGAAUCAAACCCAAGUCGGCCUAAGGACCACGGUUAUGCCGGAAGUGAGGAGUUUAUUCGGAUGCAGUUUGAAGAGUACCUGCUGGCUAUGCUUGCUUCUGUCAAAUAUAAGCUCUACAUGGAGAAGAACGCGCACAAAGAAACGAUGAUCACCGAUGUCGAAGGCGACCCAGCUUCCGAGUUCUCAAACGACUGGGUUCAUGCUUGGAUGCAGACCGAGAACUUUCGAAUUUGGAACAAGUUCACCGAUUCGCAUCUUUUCGACAUCGUCGAUGCCAAGCACCCUUGUUCUGGCGGUCUCAGCAUCGAGGACGUAGCUGAGAUGCAUCUCAACGAGCGACUCGAGAAAAGCAGAGAAGCGCUCGGACAACAACUCGCUGUCGGACAGCAGAAAGUCAGCAGCGCGUAUAAUCGUCUGUGGGCGGAAAUGGAGGCAAUGCGUGAGGCGCAGAGGAAGAGAGCAGAAGAACAAAGACUUCAGGCGGAGAAGGAAGGAAGACCGGUGGAUGCUCAGGGGAAAUGGAAACCACAACCUCCCGACCUCACCAACGCUCAAGCAAACAUCCAAGCCGCCAAGCAAUCUGCCGGCGCAUAUUUUAGCUCAUGGGGCAGUUGGGCAGCUGAGAAGCGCAAAGGCUGGGGCAACAAGACUCCGAGCAGCAGUCCCGGUCCCCUGAGUCCCGAUCUCAAGCGCGCAGAAGAGUUUAGAAAGGAGAAGGAAAAGGUCCUGGGUGAAGAGCAGGAUCAGAAGAGGAACAGUUUGUUCUUUGAUGCUGAGGGUGAGGGAAAGGUCGAUGUGGAGGUUAAGAGGUGA